AUGCCGCAGCCUUUAAUCUACCCGGCUAUCACCGAGCAUAAGUCUACGGUCAUCAUCGCUCAUGGAUUUGGCGAUAGCGGAAAUGGCUACGUUCCUAUUGUGCGCAACUGGCAGGACAGCGGCCUCUUCCAUGACACAAAGUUCAUCCUCCCGAGCGCCCCAGCCAUCAGCGUGACAUCGGCCGGCGGACGCCCCAUACCAGCAUGGUUCGACAUCCGCGGCGAGCGCGGGCCACACGUCACCUUCGAGGACCUGACGCAGCAGAACCAGGAUGAGGAGGGCAUGCUGCAGAGCCGGGAUUUCUUCCUCUCCCUCAUUCAGAAUGAGAUUACGAAGCACGCCAUUCCAGCGUCGCAGAUCAUCAUGGGCGGCUUCUCGCAGGGCUCCGUGAUGGCGCUGCUCACGGGCGUCACCGCGGACGUGCAACUCGGGGGCGUGUUUUGUCUCUCUGGGUACCUUGCUCUGGCAGAUGCCGUGCGAGGAGGCGAUGGGAAGACGGGCGGUGCAAGCAAAUUCCCGCACGCGAGGGAGGGAACGGGGACCGAGGUCCUAAUGAUCCACGGGGAGAGGGACCCGGUGAUGAAUCUGGAUUGGGCAGAGAAGUCGAGAGACAUUGUUAAAGAGUUGGGGUAUCCCGUUGACUCCAGCAUCAUCCCUGGGCUCGGCCACAGCAUAAACCAGGAGGUUCUCGCGAAGGUGACGGCGUUUAUCAAGAGGGUACAGGGCAAGGGCAGAGACCGGCACGAUGAGCUUUGA